AUGGAUUUUGAAAUAUGGCCUUGUGACGCCUAUACAGGAGGAGUGUUCAAAUCAUGCAUAAAGUGGAGGAAGUGCAAGGAGACAUCCAAAAGACCUGAUUUCCUGGCAGCAAGGAUUGCAGGAAUUGUGAGGAUGGACAGGAAGGAGAUUAGAUUUCUGGAGUCUGAGCCCGUUGAACUUUCGAUGAAAGAAGACUCGGAAACUGUUUACAGAUGUAUCAUACCGAGAGAUGCUCUUCCUUCGAUGAAACUGAGAAGCCUGGAGGUUGUUUACACGAUAAUUGUCGAGGUAUAUUAUGGAGUAACGAGAGAAGUAAGAACAAAGAUGUUUAGUGUCCAUCCGUUUGGAUUCAAGCCUUUGAAGAAGAUGGAAAACAUAAUAGUCCAUUCGGACAUGAUUAGGGUUGGAAACACGGAUGAUACUGCAUUCGGGGAGAUUGUUGACUUUCUAAGAAACAAGGCUGGACAAGACUAUGGAACAACUGAGGAGAUGGUAGGACGAAAGAUGCAUUUUCUUGAAGACUUCCCUAGAUUCAUGAGAGAGGUUGUGGAGAGGUACAAACUGGAAAGUAAGGGAGACAUAUACUUCUAUGUAUCCAUGGAGGGUUCUGAGGUUGAGGAGGACAGAUACAAAGUCACUGUUCAGGACGAUGAGGAAGAGGUUGCUACAGUUGAAUAUGGAAAGCUUCUUGUUAAAGAGGAUACGAUGAUGAUAUGGUAUAAGAGAAAUUCCAAGAAAACAAGAAUAAUACUGGAGGUAACUGAAUUUAUCAGCGGAGAGGUUUCAAAUGGCGAGGAGAGGCUCCUGAAAGAAUUCAACUCGGACAUGUGUCUCUAUAAAGCAGUUCCUCUCAGGGUUGAACAUGAUUGUUUUACUUUUGAUUGUAAGCUGUUUUCCGUAAAGUUUUCAUAUAGGAUAGAGCUUGAUAACCUUGUUUUUGUUCUACCUAUAAGUAAAGCCUCUCCAAGGGCAAGCUUAAGCAUAGGCGGGGAGUGCAGAUAA